AUGUGUGCAGCUAGUCAUGUGACUUUCCUCUUCCUUAGGAGGUGCGCCGCUGGAGGAGACAACAUGGGGACCGUGCUGGACAUCAAGAUCAAGCGGGCGAAUAAGGUCUACAGGGAGGGGGAGGUCUUAUCCGGAGUAGUAGUUGUGGUGAGCAAAGAUACCGUUCAGCAUCAAGGGAUCUUGCUGACCAUGGAGGGCUCCGUCAAUCUGCAGCUCAGCGCUAAGAGUGUCGGCGUGUUUGAGGCUUUCUAUAAUUCAGUGAAGCCAAUCCAAAUCAUUAGCAACACGGUGGAAAUGGUGAAAGCCGGGAAACUCCCCAGCGGGAAGACAGAAAUCCCUUUUGAGUUCCCACUUGUCAUGAAGAGCAAUAAGGUUCUGUACGAGACGUACCACGGGGUGUUUGUGAACAUUCAGUAUACUCUCCGCUGUGAUAUGAAGAGAUCUCUGCUGGCAAAGGACCUGACCAAGAACUGCGAGUUCAUCAUUCAUUCCCAGCCACAGAAGGGAAAGCAGGCGCCGAGCCCGGUCAACUUCACAAUAACGCCAGAGACUUUACAGAAUGUCAAAGAAAGAGCUUCCCUGCCUCGGUUUCUCAUCAGAGGACAUCUGGACUCCACCAACUGUGUCAUCACUCAGCCUCUAACAGGGGAGCUGCUGGUUGAGACGUCAGAAGUUGCCAUCAAAAGUAUUGAGCUGCAGCUGGUCCGAGUCGAGACCUGUGGUUGUGCAGAAGGCUAUGCCAGAGACGCUACUGAAAUACAGAAUAUUCAGAUAGCAGAGGGAGACGUGUGCCGUGGUCUCCCUAUUCCCAUCUACAUGGUUUUUCCCAGGCUGUUCACCUGUCCCACUUUGGAAACUACCAACUUUAAAAUAGAGUUUGAAGUAAAUAUCGUGGUGGUUCUUCAGGAUGAUCAUCUCAUCACAGAGAACUUCCCGCUCAAGUUAUAUAGAAUAUAACCGCGCUGCCUCCGGUGCUGUGUGUUGGAAGCAGAGACCAAUGGACUGACCCCCCCAAAGCGGUUGAUAUUGGACGUCUGUGCUCCACGUUCAGUAUCAGAAGCACUUACUAUGGAGAACGUUUCAUCCCAGUCUUAGUACCGCCGACUAUUAAGAGACUUGUUGCUGCCUCCUGACUAUUAACACACAAUCCAUGUGUUCCAGUGCGAUACCCCCAGACAGUAGUAAUAAACAUGUCUUUUCUACUCC